CAUUCACUGACGCCACCCUCUCCCUCUUUCACUCUCCUGCCUCACAUUUCUCUGUUUCACCCUCUGUUGUUCCAGCACUCACCAGUAUUCAACUUCUUUAACAAAAAGACCAAAUCGAGUGGGACAUCUGCAAGUUGGUUGACAAGUAAAUUGUUCCGCUCAUCUGAAGAGUUUUUCUGGAAACCAGUCUUUCUCUUGUGAGGAGCACAGCAGAGUUUGGUGUAUAAAGAUGUAUCUUCCAUUGUCACUGCUGAUAUGCCUAUCAGUUAUCCAGCUGGGCUUGGGAGAUCAGCUUGUGGAGGAAGUCAUCAUAGCCGAAAACAAGUCUCUUCUGGGUGGCUGGGUUAAAAGGAAUCCAGAUUCAGCUGAGGUUCAGGAGGCAGCUCAACAUGCUGUGAAGACGUUCAAUGAAAAGCCCAAGGGCAAGAAAAUGUUCAUAUUGAUUGAAGUGACUGAUGCUCAGAGUCAGGUGACCAAUACAAUCGACUAUAAGAUUGAUGCAGUCAUGGGAAAAACCAAGUGUCCCAAGUCUGAAAACCAAGACUUGAAGGGCUGCAGUGCUGUGAAAAAGCAUCUGAAGUGCCGCUUUGUGGUGACUUACAACCCCCGCAACAACAAACACGAGCUGCAGAAACAAAAGUGCAGGAAAGUUAAAGACAAUGUUUAAACUUUGAACAGCUUUAAUUUGAAUUGCUUUUGUAAGCUUAUUGCCAUGGCAAAUUUCUGUGUUCUUAUUUCCUGUCUCUGUAAUUUAGAUAUAUUUUCAAUACUAUGUAAUGCAGCAAAUUAAACAUGGUGGAUGUGGAGGAUUGUUCAAAAUGAACAAAUCAUAAAUUUUAAAUAAAGAUUAAAAAGGUUUGUCAGAAUGCAAUUAUAAUUU